GUCCGCGCGGCGAACACGGUAGGUUAGUUGACCGCGGGGCCGAGCGAGCGCUGAGCUGACAGUAGGCCGGCGACGUCACAGUGGGCCGGUUCGAGCCUUCCUUCGUUCGAUUCAGGCAGGCUCCUCUAUUCGUUUUACAUGUAGCAAGCAGGGUUGCGGGGUGCAGUUCAGACAUGGGAAGUGAGCAUUACUGCCUGAGGUGGAACAAUCAUCAGAGCAACUUGCUGGGUGUGUUCAGUCAACUGCUGGAGUCGGAGUCGCUGGUGGACGUGACACUGGCGUGCACGGAGGGACCGUCGAUACGCGCACACAAAGUAGUCCUCUCCGCGUGCUCCAGCUACUUCCAGGCCCUGUUCCUCGACCAUCCGAACCGCCACCCCAUUGUCAUCCUAAAGGACGUACGUUUCGCUGAGCUACGUACCCUCGUCGACUUCAUGUACAAGGGCGAGGUAAACGUCGAGUACUGCCAGCUAUCGGCCCUGCUCAAGACAGCGGAGAGCCUCAAAGUUAAGGGUCUAGCGGACAUGACGAACAUCAACGCGGCGGUAGCGUCCAGGGACGAGCAGCAGCAACAGCAGCAGCAGCAGCAACAACAGCAGCAGCAACAGCAGCAGCAGCAACACACGAGCAGUUCCGACACGUCGCGAGAGCAUCAUCGAGAACGGGAACGAGAACGAGAACGAGAUCGAGACCGAGACCGAGACCGAGACCGAGAUCGAGACAGAGACAGCAUAAAGGAGACGAGCGGCAAGGAUCGGGAACGAGAGACAAAUGUCGCCGGCGGGUUGUCGGUCAAGGAAUGCGAGCAGCAGCAGCAGCAGCAGCAACAGUCGCAACAGCAGCAGCAACAGCAACAACCCAGCAUCACACAGAACACGCCCAGCGAGCCUACGGAGGCGGUGGACAUGACGGAUUGUCCACCGUCGCCCGCGGGACCCGGCGGCAGCCCGUGUCCGGGACCGCUCGCCCUCGACCGACCCAGGAGGGACUCCGAGGAUGCGGCCAGCCUGGAGGAGACGCGGGCAGGCUCGCUCAGCCCGAUCUCGGUGCAUAGCGGACCAUCCGACAUGAGCCUCAGCAACAACACCGGUGGCGGUGCGCCUGGCGGGGUGCUGCCGUUGAACCUGCCGCAGAGCCGACUUCCGUCCCCGCACAGUACCGAGCCCCUCGCCGGCCCGUCGGGCUUACCUCCGGUCCAGCAAGUUCCGCUAUCCCUGAAAAAAGAAAUGGACUGGGAAAGGUCAACCGAGGAGCGCAGCGUGAGCAGCGAGAUAUCUGCCGACUACAGACUCCCGCCAGAUCCGGUCUCGCUCGCCCUCGGCCUUGAAGCGGGCGGAUGGGGUGCGCUGGUGGAGCGGACAAGUGGCGCAGGGGGUGGCGGAGCGAUCCUCGGGCACGGCGGCUUCACCGGCCUGGCCGGGUUGGCGCGUCGCUGCGGCGUCUGCCUGGCGACGUUCCCGUCGCCGUGGUUGCUGGAGCGCCACGCGUUGCUGCAGCACGCCGGCCAGACCAGCGACGACAAGCCGUUCACGUGCGAGCAGUGCGGCCAGCGUUACCGCUACCGGUCCGCAUACGUGAAGCACCGCGAGCAGAAUCAUCGCGCACGGCUGCCUGCCGACAAGCUGUUCACCUGCGACGUCUGCGGCAUGCAGUUCAGGUACCUAAAGUCCUUUAAGAAGCAUCGUCUCAAUCACGCGCUCGAGCGGCUGCAGCGCGCGCCCGAGCCGCAGAACAGCGUGGUCGUGGUCACGGCGCCGGCCGAGCGCAGCGACCAGGUGUCGAGCACCGGUGAACCAUCCCAGGUGGAGACCGGCAGCGACACGACGACGAAUCCGGGUGACGCUGAGGAGACGCGUGGUGCGUUCUCCGAAGGCGCACGUGGCGAUGAGAGCGUCUCGGAGACCGCGAGCGUCCAGGAGAACCUCGGCGAAGCGGUGGAGGUGCAGAUCACGGAGACCACCACGGGGCCCGCCGGAAGUGGCGUCGGCGGGGGUGGCGGUGGCGGAGGUGGCGGUGGCAGAGGUGGCGGCGGUACCACCAGCGAGGCCGGCGACGUGGACAUGGAUAAUGCCGUGGACGACGACCGGCACGAGACCACCGACGCGAUACUCGGACUCGUGCAUCGCGGCGCCGUCGCCGCGGUGCGCGAGGCCGAUCGUCGCGAGCGGCGUUUUGCCUGCCCGUUCUGCGGCAAGUGCGUGAGGUCGAAGGAGAACCUGAAGCUGCACGUACGCAAGCACACCGGCGAGCGGCCGUUCGUCUGCCUGUUCUGCGGCCGCGCGUUUGGCGGCAAGAGCGACCUGACCAGGCACCUGCGCAUCCACACCGGCGAGCGGCCGUAUCACUGCGAGAUGUGCGGCAAAUGCUUCGCCCGGGCCGAUUAUCUGUCCAAGCACCUCACCACGCACAUCCACCAGCGCUAACGCGACACCUGACUCGCCGCCGGCGGCUUCCGCCCGACCGCCUCUUCGACCUCUUCCGUGGCGGUCGAGCGGAGUGACGACGAUGUUCCUCUUUCUUUGCGGAUCAUUGCCAGUCAUCGCCGGGACUCGAGGGUUGAUCUUGCGAGGUUGCGCGAGUAGCGUGGAGUAACGGGAAUGAUGUGUCGACGACGAAGAAGGCCAGCGAGAUCGAGUGAUACUCGUCAUCAUGCACCGAACUUGCUGUCCUUCUGACGUUCUUUGACAGAAAUGAUUGUCGAGUGUCAGUUUGACGCUUGAAUAUCUGAAUACAGAUGCUUAAUUCAAUUGCUUAUCCUCGCAAGAUCAGUCCUUGAAUCGCGAUCUGCGAUCGUUCUUGAUGGCGCUACGGUGCCUGCUGUUCGAGAUCGCCGAGCGAGUACGUCGAACGAAGAGGUGAAUUCUACUGGUGUAAGGACCUCUACCGAGAGAAGAGGGAUGCAGGAGGAAAGAAAGAAACGGACCGCGUCCAUCCAUCGCCGGCCCCAACAAGACGUGUCAAUUACGGCGAGAAAAGGGAGAAUCCGCUGCGAAACGCGCGCGCGAUUGCGCGCGAUUUCGCUGCUGCUGCAUCCGCGACCCGUGCCAGCGGCACGUCCGACGUUGGUUUCUAGGCUACGAUAGUGAGACUAACUUGUGAUAAGGGAUACGAAACCAAAAGAAGAAAAAUAGAGAAGAGAAACGAAACGAAAGAGAGAGGUAGAAAGAGAGAGAAACGAAACCAAAGAGCGCAACGACGCGACGGCCGAAAAGCCGACGAUCGAAUGGCUUCCUUUUGUUGUCUUCUUCGUCUUCGUGCUCCGUCGACAAAGUGAUAUAUUUGUAACGUUAAUAGCUAAACCAAACGAUAUACUCGGUGUGUACUCUCGAUAUGUAAUAUAAUUCGCGACCGAUGAGAGAUAACGAUGAGAUGCCGCGUGCGAUAACGAUAAUUUCUCUCUACGCGAGCUCCGUGCAGACGCGAACACGUCGGUGGACCGUUUUUUUUCCUUUCUUUCACGCGGGUGAGGACCGAUUUGCGCGAUUACGAGAGGAAGUCGAGGUACAGCUAAUGGGCAGAUUCAUCUUCUUUGUGAAUCUAUUUACAGAAUUAAUACGGAAUGUCUCUCUUUAAUUUCUCUAUUAUUAAAUUGUUUGACACUUUAUGUAUUCGUAAUUCUGAGAUUCUAUAAUUUUCUUUGAUUGUUCAAAAAACUGACUAGAGUACCAGAUGCUCUUUAACCCAAAGAGCCCUUCCGUCACGAAAAAUUGCACCCUAGCAAUUAGUAGCGUAUGCUUGCACGGCACGUUUGCAUCCGUGGAAGCCGAGUCUUACCAAAGUCUUAUUAAAGGCUCGCGAUACCCACGCCAAGCGUCCUUGAUUAUGCUGUCAGAAGCGCGAGGCGGGGCACGCGAACGGCUUCACGUGAGAAACUUUCCAAAAGUCUCCGGCCCAUUUUAUUAAUUGACUUUUAUUCUUCGCGGACUAAUAUGAAGGAAAAUGAAGUUUGAUAUAAUCUCCAUCUUGCAGCGGAAGGGUCAAGGGUCAAAGGGUAUCAACGGAGCUAUAUAAAAUGUCACAGAAACUAUGUAACAUCAAUUUUUCAUGGAUAGAAUCAGUCUCUUAAAUAGUGACGAAAUUAAAAAAAAAAUAUAUAUAUAUAUAGAAAUUUUAUAUAAUAUACGGAUUAUAUAUAAAAUAUACGGAUACGACCAUUGUACAUCUUACCUCGAGGUUCCAUUAGUCCAUGAGGGUCGAACCGUUCAUCGAACAGCUGCCUUGCUCGAGGAUACCACCCGCGUGAAACGACGUGUUCGACGUUGGCACCGAACGGGAGGGCGAAAACCUCCCGGAAAGCGUUGCCGGUGCCUUUGAAUCCCCGAACGAAUGAAUGAGUCCUUUCCUUGACGCGCGAGAUGCGGAUAGCAAUAAUCUAUAUAUAAUAUAUAUACAUAUAUAUAUAUACUUAUAUACAUAUAUUCUUUCGUUUCUCCCGUCAGAGAUACCAGCGCGAUUUAGGUUCGUCGUUUGGGAGCCGCGAAGUAGCGUCUUGUUGCACGGUCUACAAUUCGGAUCCUUCCAAGAGAGUUCUGUCCGCUUUAGUCGCUAUCCAAUCUCUUCUAGGUAUAUUUCUAUACGUGUACAUACGCGAUAUACGUGCACACACAUACACAUGCACACGAAUAACACACACACACACACGCUGUCCGGUUAUGCGUGAGCGCAGAACGAGAGUGGCCGGCUCAUUCUCUCGGGAUUUCGGUCUCGUAAGUAGCUUUAACUUCUGACCACUUCUCACACAACACACCCACCCACAUACACACACGCACAAACCAAGUCCGAUCGCGCGAUCACGAUCGCGAACGAGACAGAGAGGACGACGCGAGAGCGAGGAGAGAUGAGAAGAAAUAAAGAACGAAAAGAAUCAUCUUUAUGAAAGGAUUCCUCCUCUCUGACUUGGUCAGAACACUUAUUUAGCCCCUAAGUGAUACCGUAUAUACACGUAACGCAUAGUGUGUGUACUCGCUGCUGUGUGUACCGUCGCGCGCUCCCGCUCGCGCGAGCGCGCGGGGAAGCGAAGUUGAAUAACGAAGGUGCUACCUAACGAAUAAGGGGUUGAUCGCCAGAUACCGGCCGGCCGGUACCUCUCACUCGGGUGACGAAGAAGGAGCGUAAGGAGAUGACGAGAAGUGAAGAGAAAAAACUCCACGUUGCCGGCUUACAAGUCUACUGUGCCAAAAAAAAGGGAACUCUUUAGAAACGACGGAGAGAAAGAGAGCGAAGAGCAGCUGGAGAGCAAGAAUGACAGACGGAGAAAAAGAAACAGAGAGAGAAAAGAGAAGAGAAGAAAAUCUAUUCCGUCGGGCGAAAAUUCAAUUUCCCUCCAAGACCGGUCCGGUGCUGCGAUAGGCCAAUUUAGUCCGUAAUCACGCCGUAUUAUUAUUAUUAUUAUUAUUACCGUCUCGAUAAGGAUGUAAUUUAACGAUUGGACGGUACGUCGAUACACUGUCGUUCGCGUGGUCGACCAUCGCGUCGAGAUUUUAUUAAGAGAAACGUGUCCAACGAAUGUCAACGAGAACUCGCGGCGGAACGCGAAAAGCGUCUCUCGCUCGCGUUUGCACCGUUUUAAUGUCCCACUUUCUCUCGCCAUAUAUAUAUAAAAUAUAUAUAUAUAUAAAUAUAUAUACACAUAUACUGGUCCGCCAGUAAUAAGCUGGACGUACACACGUGGUCCUCGCGCGCUCGUGCUCGAGGAGCGCGAACUAGGAGAUUAAAGAAAAUAGUUCCGUGACGCCUGACACCCCGAUCGUUAGUCCAACUGCCCAACUGUCCAGCUGUCGCUCUAUUUUCGCUGUCCACACCGUUAUCGGAUAAUCGGAGAAGACUGCAUCGCGCGAAGCCGAGAUUAGAAACGCGGUUCUUGAGUUCCAAAGCGAAAUUUCCGAGUGUCCUUUUCUCGAGAUGUCACGUUUAUUUAUAUUGCAGUGCGAUUGAUUUUACAUGUACGAAAAUUGGUACUAAUUUUAUUUCAGAAUAUUAACCGGAAUUUUUGAGUAGGAAAUCGUGCGCUUCAGAAUGAUGUUGCUACAUGCUGAAAAUGCUGAAUGCUGAAAAGAUUUUUAACGGAUUUUCUCGUAAUGCCAUUUCUGUAAGAUUUUAAUUUUGACGACCGGUAACUUUUUUGCAAAAAAAAGAAUGCAUCGAAGCAUUGAAAACUUUCAAAGUUACUUUCGAAUUUUACUUUUAUUAUACAUUUUACUCAUUUUACCGUUGCGACAGACUUGAAUCGCGCGGUGUCCAUUCUCCCGAAGCUUUCCAAUUCAUAAUUCCCGAAUCUUUUGGCUCUCAAAAAUCUCGAUAAUCCCGGGGACUCUCAGCAAUCAUGCAAACUACAUAUGCGCUAAGAACACACGAUCUCGUCAAGAAGAAUCGCGCGAUUUCACUAGAGUUGCGAUGUAGCCACAGUGCCAAAUGAUUGUUCCGCAUCCGUGGAGGUGGAUCGGUCGGUGAGCUAAUCUAGGGGGUGGCGUUUACCACUUACCGAAUUUCGGCGCGGAUCGACCCUUCGCCCCGUAAGAUGGGAACGAAUGAAGGUACGAAGGUUUCGAAUUAAAGCGUCGGCAAACGCGAACCACCGGACGAAGCGCUCGCGCACGUGCGAGCUAAUAACGCUAAACAGUAACUACGCGGACAAUCUAAUCUCGUUUACGGAGGGACGUUACAACGGGUGGCGCGUUGUUUCGCUCCUGGUUACCGUGUUAAUUGUAUUUUGUAGACGGCUGGCUCUACGACUCGCCGGGUUCACACAUAAUUGCCAUCGUUUUCGGUCGAAUCAACCGAGACAGAGUGCCGUGCACUGUCCGACAGCUGAUAUGGGAACCUCACGAUUCCACCAUAAUGUUCUUGAUGGGUGACGGCAAGGACGAUGAAGAUUCCUCCAGGGAAACGCGUUCUUUUUUUUCGUCCAGAGAUAGGACGCGAUCGCCAAAUACAAAAGUACCUCGAAAUAACGGUUAUCCAAUGUGAUAUCUCUCUCUGUAUGUGCCAGACGUUUAGUAUAUAGCAGAGACUAUACUAGUCACUUCUCGCAAUUAGUUGAGGUCUCCAUAGGAACCCGUGGAAUCGUGCGCGUGGUAAAGUUGAUUGGAUCCAGACACGCGUGCAUCAGGAACGGAACUUGUGUGUCCAAUUUUUCGUUUAUUGCUAUUAUAUUUGCACGACGAGUUGAACAAAUAUCAACAUUACCUAUUAAAUUUAUUACUUUUAAACCUGUUGGUGCUACCGUAUCAGUGUAUUAUAUUAUUAACAAUAACAUACAAAAACGAAAAUCAUACUGACAAAUUCAACAUCACAAUCCUUGCAACAAACUAUGAUAAUAUUUCCAUUUUAAUCAUUUUAAUAUUUUAGGUUCGAUUUACAUAAAGACAUAAUUAAUAAUAAAACAAGAUAAUUAAAGAUAAAAGAUGUCGAAAAACAGACGCGAUGCCGGUAGCUCUUUCCUGAUUUCUGGACGACACAAGAUCACUUAGUUGCAACUUUUAUUAACUGAUAUACGCGAAUAUCGAACCCGGUUCGUUCCUGGAGGCUCGUCUCGAAACUCACCUCGGAUUUCACGAAUCAAUUAAAUCGCGACACGCGCGACUCGCCAUGUCUCGCACGUUAGCUCGCGUGAUAGCCGCUCGUCUUUCAAUCGAACCCCCGGGGUAAAACUCGAGAGUACCGCAGUUAUCCCGCUACCGAAUGCGACGCGCGGGAUAAUAUAUUUAUCACCACCCCAUGCGCGCCGUUCUCGCCGUUCUCGCCGUUUCCGCGGACGAAACGAUCGCAGAUAGUUUUUGACUCGCGCCGCGGCUCGUAACUUUCGGCUCGGCGAUAUCGGCACCGCGAUAUCAGACCGAGCUACGAGCAUCCAUCUGCAGGGUGCAUGUCUCGGAUUCCGAGUCAACCCUGGAAACACUGACCCCUUCCAUUUAUCCCGCCGGCUUUACACUGCAAAACCACGGAGCCAUAUUUUUCGCCGAACCAUAUUUUUCGCUACAAGUCUUUCUCAUCUGUUUGAACAAUUAAUUCGCCUCUUUGUUUAACAAAAAUUUUGAUUCCGAUAUGUGAUUAUAUAUGAAUAUAUUAUAUAUUUCUAUCCUCUGUAAGACUACAUCUAUAUUUUAUAUAUUUGAAUAUAUUUAAAUAUAUUUAUAUUUAAUAUAUAUAUACUUGAUAUUAAUAUUUAUAUAUCUAAAAGAAUAUAUAUUGAAAGUAUAUUUUUAUACAUAGAGAUACAUUACGUAAUCACGUGUGACUCUGAGCGAUAGCGACGGGGACAGGUUUUCGAAAUUUUAAUUAAAAAAAACGAGAACUUUUUAGGUAAGAUUUCUCUUGGCGGCGGCUAUGCUCGGUAUUUCCAGGGUUGCUUACGUCUCGCAUAUUUUACGCAGCAUCUUGUGCUGGUAAGUGCCACAAUCACUACGGCGUAACUGCGAUUGCAAUUGCAAAGCGUGCGACGUCACUCGGAAGUUUCGGAUCUUGUGCAACUCGAUCUCCGCAAUAUCCCCCGUCUGAAUCAGCGUCCCUUAAUGUCCUGCAAAUGCGUUUACGAAAUUCACCCACCGGGAAUUAGAUCACUGCGGUUUUGUCGUACAAAGCGAACGCAGACUCCUUUCUUUUUUCCGAUUGUCCUUCACGCUCAUCGAUUGCUAAAUCGAGAAUUAUUCGAGGCUAAAUCGAGAAUUAUUCGUGCUUUGUCUGGCAGUUUCCACCGUUCAUGGUAAUCGAAGUUAUUUCAUAAUCUCUGUAAAUAUGGAUGCUACGAAAACACGGGAAACCGCGUGUCUCAUCGGGCAACAAAAAAAAUACAAUGAAUUUUGAUUCUCUGUAAUACUAGAAUUGGGCAUAGUCGGAGUUAUAUCGAUUUUGAUCGUUUAGCAUAUAAUUCUUUAAAACUUUCACAGAAAGUUCAUCUUAAAUGAUCGAUAUUAAUAAAUUCAAAAUAUUUAAUUCCUGAGUCAGUAUUUUUGUAUUCUGAGAAGAAUAAAUUUCGGACUUUUUGACCGGCGAAUAUGUCACAAUCGUGAACGGUAACAUUUCUAUUCACCAAUGUAUUUACACGCGUUACAGACGUCGCGAUUCAUUGCAAUACGUCUCUUUUAUGGCCUAUGUACGUGUCGGGCAAGUGCGAGCCGACGCGACGUUACGUGUCCUUAUAAAAAAUGGGAUCUGCAUUCACGAAGGAUUUCUCGACGGUAAUCGAUACUCGUCAUCUCGUCUAUCAAUUUUUAUUCGGUUCGCUUGGCCUUUGAGACACGCUUGGUUUGAUCAUUCAAUCUCCCGAAAAUAGCAGACUAAUCACGGUGUUCAGGCGUUAUGGAAUACAUUGGGCAUUUUAAACCACGUUUAAAGUUAUAUAGCUACAACACCAAGUAAUAUAUAUACAUAUAUAUAUACAUAAAAAUAUAUACAAAUAUAUACGCACGUAUGUAUUUGUACAUAUGCAAAUUCUUAUAUAUGAUAUGUAUAUAUAUAAAUACAUAUAUAAAAAUAUAAAUAUAUAUAUGACGAUAAUAUUAUAUAUAUAUGAAAAUAUAUUUAAUGAAUGUUCCUAUAUUUAUACUAUAAGUACAUAAGUGUAUUAUAUUGAUAUUCGAUGGCGAUUUCAGGUUUUUACCAAAACUUAAAUGUCUGUUUAGAUAGUAGCUACUAUCGAAUACUAGUUUAAAACGUUGGAAGAGCGAGAAAGAGGAGAGUGUGCGUGAGGAGGCGAGGGAGAGAGAAGAAACGAGAGGGCGAUAGAGAUAAACGGAGAUUAAUGGAAAAAAGGUUGUGUAGCGAGGCGACAAAUUUCAGAAUUUUCAAAGAGACGAGAUAGAACGAGAGAGAGAGAGGGAGAGAAAGAGAGAGAGCAAGAGAGAGAAAGAGAGAGGAAAAAGGCACAUUAUAGGGCACGUGUAUUAAACGGGUUUGCGUGUGUCGACGGCGAGGCGAGGGUCUUCCUAUACUGACUGAACGAUCAGAUGUGAUAUACGCAUAAGGAUUAAUUAUUUAACUCUAAUAUAUCGUACAUAUAUAAAUAUAUAUGUAAUUAAUACUAUAUUAAUAUGGUUAUGAUAUACAAACAUUAUAUCUAUAUAUUGUGUAUAGGUAGAUAGGGACAUAUACAAUGUUUUUAAUGGUUUAUCUAUGUUCCGAGGAUAUAUACGCUAACAAUAAGUGUAUCUAGGUAGGAAGCUGUAAGAAGGUCUCUCGCCGUUAAUGUUUGAUCGAUAGAGACCUCCGGCUAGCGCGAGAGUGAUUCUAUUCACGCCAGGAAACCCUCCAUUGCGUACUUUCGCGUGCCCGUGUAGACGAGAGACCAGCCUUGCCAGCCGGAAGGAAAGUAUCCGUGUCCCGACCACGUCGCGAGCGAUAUGAAUGAUUCACGUGUUUUGCAGCGGGGAAGCGUCCUCGCGCGCUACUCCGUCUGCCCGAGAAUGUCUGCUCGUUCUGAGACGUCGUGGAGACGUCGAUGAAUAUAGGAGAAACAUUCGGUAUUCCCGAUAUCCAAGUCAAUCGCUGUUACUUCCCCGCGCAACGUCGCAGACAUCCUCGAUGACGUCUUGCGCGCGUCCCUCCAUCGAUGAUUCAUUUGCGAACGUGACUCGGGAUCAUUCUCUCCUCUGCAGGCUCUCGGACAGAUUCGGGACACUCUCCACGUUUCCCCCGGGAUAGUUUCGCGAUCCUUCCCUCGAAGGGUAAAACCUCGCCGGAAAGACUUCCGUUACGUUUCGCAGACGUCUUUUACUACCGUCUAUUUUUUUACACGUUUAAACACCAAGUGUCCACGGCGGUGUCCGCACCUGUGCGCGCGAGUUGAAUUCUUCAGAUGUGUAAAUAGGUAAACGGCAUCUCAUUUUUCAGUCAAUUCUAAACGUACACUUUGCUCAAAAGGAAAGAACCGAACGAAAUGUCUAAUACGUGUUAAGGAUUCAUUUAGAGUUCCAUCGAGACAUUUCAGAAAAUCCGAUUUCUCUGGAUUUCGUCCGCUCGCCCGAGUGUCGCUCGGAAGGAGGCGCGAAACUAGGCAAUGCAGGCUCUUCUUCACUCGCGAAUCCACACGGCUGGCACGUAAGAUUCUGCAGAAGAGGUUGCGGGGAGGAGGUAGGGGGUGAAGGGGGGAAUUUUCGGGAGUGUUUCGAUUUUCACGCGUUCCGUGCAAUAACAGUUUGCUCAAUCCUCGGUGUCCGUCGGUCCGUCCGUGCGGAACGACUAUUCGUAGAUUAUAAAUGAGACGAAAAUAGGAAGAGACGGGAGAAAAGCGUGAGAAACGGAAGAAGGGUGAACACGCGAAGAGGAGGACGCGAGGACAAAACGCGCGUCACUGCGUGAAAAACACGCGCACGCCUGUGCGUAAGGCACGAAACGACAGUAGAAAGUAGUAGCUCGUUAAUAGUAGCCAUUUUUCGAACCUAAUUAGUCGAACGGACUUUAUCUCCUUUUUCGAAACUUCCUUCGAGUCUCUCUCGGUGUCUUCGGUGUCUAUUCUAAAGAGAUUUAAAAAGCGAAAAAGAGAAAAUAUAAAAAAAAGAGGAGAGAAGAAGUUAAGCGUCUAGAGCCUCGGUCUGUGUAAUAGCAAGCCUAAGGAGAACCUUUUUUUCAUCUCGGCGUGAUUGCAAAAAAAAAAAAGAAAAAGAAGAGAAAAAGUUCCGAUCGGAAAGACGAAGGGCUGUCGCACGAUGUGUACUCGAUGUAGCUUGCGCUUACAACUUUCAGCAAAAUUAGUCGUCGCCGCUGAGAAUCUAUCCGCCCUACCAAUCCGUCGCUGCUCUCGAUGAGAGACGGCAAAGUCGCCGUUACUUCCUCUUUAAACGUAUAACCGACCUGUCUAAAACGAUCGCUGAUCAGCUGACCGAAACCGUGGGCGCCCCACUUAUCACGAGAAACUAACGUAAACUUGUAGAUUGGUAUAAAUUUCAUUUCUCAUCCAUAUCAAUCUUUUCACAUAAGUAAAUUUUUAUCAAUCUCUUAUUUCGCUACCGACAGAAAAUGCACUUUGUACAAUGUUUAAGUUAACCCUCCACUUUAAAUUAAUUCUUCCUUUCCAUUUCACGCAUGUGUUGAAGUAAAAGAUUUAAAAAAAAAACAAACGAAAGUUAUAUAAUAUCCACGGAUAUGAUUUCCACAGGAACUCUGAUACGCGAAACACGUGCACAUGUACAUUUCCGUUUACUCUUUCCUCCACGUGUUCGCAGCUGAUACGACGGUCUUGUAUCUAAAUUUGCUCUGCUGGUUCGUUCGUCGAGGUUCGAGUAACUUUGCUGAAACAGUCACGCGCGAUCCACCCCGUGGGUAUCCUCCGAACAAUCGACGAUACAAGAUGAAAGGCUCCGCAGGACGACGGAGGAUCCCGCGUUUAACUUCAACGAAAGUCGAUUUUGCAAUCACUUCGCCGUCGCGAAGGGGAGAUCUAAUAAGUCGUGGCCGUAUUAUCGUAAUUGUUUGUCGUACCUACCGUUAGACAAUUAAUUGUAAUUUUAACGACUAGCGUAAUUAACGCGAUAGCUGUAUCGUGCAAAAGGCGACGCCGCGGACGCGCGACUCGCGAGGCGGAGAGGCGGGUCCGCGUCGCCGCGCGUGGAUGUUAGAGAUAUUUUUCAACUUGUACUAAAUGUGAUAAAACCGAUGAAUUGACAAUGAGCAAUCUAACUGUAAUAUAUAUACAUACAUGAAUAUUAUAUAUAUAUUACUUAAAUAUAUAUAUAUAUACAUAUACAAAUAUAUUCUAUAUAUAUAAUAUUACGCGCGCGACACACAAAUAUUAUAUAUAUAUUAUAUACACAUAUAUGUGUCUGUCGUACAAGCCGUAUAAUUAGGGUUUACUGUAGCUAGUACGUGUUAGCUUAUUAAAACGAACACACACACUCUCGUAAAAUGGCAGAUGGCGGAAGGGAACGCGCGUUUUGUGCGUUCACCGUGAUGCGUGAGAAACGGGGUGGUGAAGCGAGGGAGGGGGCAGAAGAGGUGCGGGAUAUAUAUAUAUAUAUGUAUAUGGAGUCAAGAGUAAUAUCGUAUGCCGUCUCGAAAUCUGUCCACGAAUUUUCCACUGACGCUGGGCGCUGUCGCGCAAAAGCGAAGAGAAGCGCGUCUCCGCGACCCUCCGGCUCUUCGGCUAACUAACUAAUUAAUUAAGAGAACCUGGAGCGCAACGCGCGAAAACAAUGUCUCGCGAAUCCUUGGCGCGCGCCGCUGCAACGGGAUUUGCGAUCGCGUCGCGAUUUAACGUAUAACGACGAUAACGUUAAAGUAAGGAGCGUGCGAGAAGAAAGAAACGGUUUCGCGGGGAGAAUCCGUUGUUAAUUCAUUUGUUAAGAGUUACUCAUUCUUUUUUGUUGCUCUCACGUUGCUGCGUCAUACUUGUUGUUACUGAUUUAUUGAAAUUAAAUUUAAGAGAUAUCGUUGUAGUAUAUUGUAUCAUCGAUAUGUUCCUCUAGAUAUUAUUUGCUUCGAACGUAAAGUUCCCACAGCCGCAAGGCAUAAAGCGACUUCCUGUGAAGCAAAAUUUUUGUGCAAUCAGGAGGCUUAUUUUGUAUGGCUUUCGUAUUUAGAUUACGAAAUAACGGCAAAGACGAAGAUACAAGAUUAUCCUUUUGUGAAUCUUGCUUAAACGUUUUAGCGCGCGGUACCGCACACCGGAAGUGGAACGGACGUCGAAGCCGAUCGCUUCGACCCUUAUGGCGUCCGUUCUCCAAGAAAGGGUUGCGGUACUCAGCUGCGAUCGCGACGCAUGGAUCGCGCAGCCACGUUCUCGAGAAGUGCGUUCGAUAUACAUAUUAUUACGUAUAUUAUAAACGGCCGUUGGUACAAAACGUUGCGUGACCCCCACCCCACCUGUGAAUCCGAUCCCAUCGAUCGCGAACGCCGAUCCGUGAUCGACGAUCGAUCGACCAAGCUACAAAGAAACGACUUAAGUGACGACGAAUUAAUUGUAGUGUUUUACGAGCCACUUGGCGCGGCGCCCCACGUCAUUGGUACGCUUUAAAUAAACGGGGGAUAUAAAAGUAUUGUGUGAAACAAGCACAUCACUAUUACCGGUAUAUUAUAUACAUUGUAACCGAUUGUUGUCUACGAUAUAAUGUUAUUUUUCUAAUUCAUAUUCAAUUGUUAUUGUUGAGCGAGCGAAAGCGAGAGAAUGAUAGAGAGAAAGUGAGAGAAAGAGGGUGAAUGGAGCUGUGAAUGACAGAAAGAAAGAAAGAGAGAGAGAGAGAGAGACACGGGAUGAUAGAGAAGCGGAAAAGAGAGAAGAGAAACGGGAGGAGAAGAGAGUAACGAGAGAAAAACGAGAGAAAGAGAAAGUUUGCGAGAGGAACAUGAGAAAUGCGUGCGAGUGGAGGAUGAAAAAGAGAGCACAUCGAAUACUUAAGCGCGAAUAAUGUAUUCGACCAGGAUAAAAUCUCUUGUACUUUCCAUUUCCAUUUGCUUCCCUUUCGAGCACACACCGUCGCGUACAACGAGUCUUUCUAUGUCUUUCCCAAGUGUGUUGGCAGCUCGAUUCUUACGACACGAAAACGAGAAAAGAGCCGUGUUGCGCCGCGCGAGAGAUGCGAUUAUCAAUUAAUAUUCAUUGCUACGAUAUCGAUCGAAGCCGAGGAGUCUCAAACGUGCCAAAGAAAUAUUAUUCCCGCCCCAUCGUCGCGAAACCAUUGUAUCCCAUUCUGAUCUGAUUUCUCCAUCUUACGUGUGAAGCGUUCUGAAGCUGGAAUGGACCAGCUGCGCAAUUUGUGAGGUUCACUCUAGCUGCCGCUUCGGACCGGUGGAACUUACUCUUCACUCCAGAAAAACAACGAAAAAAAAAAAACAAAAAAAGAAAAAGUCUGUAAUCUCUCAAGACCGGUAACUUCCGACCUGUUCCUUUCCGCUUUCCGGAAGCAAGAUACGUUAAGUGCACGUUAUAUACCUAUACGCAACAGCGCGUAUCCUCCCAUGUGCGUCAGCGAAUCCCGGUUUUCUGGAAUUCUUCGACUUCUUGGCACUUUGGAACUUUGCGACUUGAAUUUUAGCGGUAGUUUGUAGCGCGCGCGACCGCCGAAUCGACCCACCGUCGUCCCAGUUUUCUCGUACCCCGCGGACGCACCCGCGCGCGUUCUCCAUCCGUGGGACUUCCGCUUUCCGUUCGCCAUCGCGCAGGCGAAUCGCCCUCGCGACGGAGGGCGGAAAUCGCGACGCGGGUCGUGAUUAUCAGCGCGACGGCGCGCCGGUCGUCUGUGAUAUACAUAGAAAAGUCGCGAGCGCGCACAAGUAUUGUAUUUUUUGUAUGGCUCAUGUACGCCACGCCAGAUAAUUGUGAUAAACCAGGUUCGCGGCGUCGUCGCACGUGGACGGACGACGAGACCGGCGUGCCCGACUUACUAUCUGCGCUCGGAGACGCGACCCGGGUACUCGACUCGGCGGCGCGGGUCUUCCUUGAUCUCCCUCCGGAAGCAAGAGAGAGAAAGAGAGAAAGAGCUGUGAGAGAGCGAGGCCUGUUACCGUUUUAGCUAGUACGGGGAGUGCGAUGCUUCGACCCCCUUUUUCCACGCGCUACCCCGAGCAAGUUUCGAUCGAUCGUUUCCCGACUUGCGUCAGAAGAGUCGUCCUCGAGGAACGCGACGAGGACUUUGAGACGCUUCCGAUCGCUCGGGAACACGUUUGUUGUUGCUUUCUUUCGCUUAAUGAGGGAGACAUUUUAAUUUCUUAGCGUACUGGAGAUUACGGAGAUCGACGGGUCUCCGCACGAGGCAACGUUUCUUCUAAGAAGAGGCUAUAAAGAGUUCAGAAAUUCAAUUUGAUUUCUCGCUUCGGGGAAAUCUAGCGAAACGUACCGCUUACUGGGGGUAAUUUAGGGCGGUACGAGGGAAACGAACGCUGCCUUGUAUUCUCAUUUGUUUGUUACAGCUGUCGUAGAGCUUCGUCGACAGAAUAUCGCUCGCAUGUUGUCUUGAUUAAUUAUUGUUAUCAUCUGCGACUGAAACGAAUCUUCGCCGAGUCUGGAAAGCGCGCGGAAGAAACAUCGAUUUAGUGUUUCGGCUUGAGCGAGCGAUCGAUUGGCGCUUUUAUUCAUUUCUAAUCGGCAGUUCGCAAAAGUUCGCGAAAACGGUAAAUUUCAUAGAUCGAAGAAAGAAUUGCUCUCUCGAGAUAGAUAAACGUCUCGCGAAAACGAAGUUAACUCUAGAAAUUACGUCCACAAUGAAUCGUACGAGUAAUUGGCCAGAGAAGCCUGCUUAUUCCAAGUUACGAGAGAGAGAGAGGGAGGCAUAAAAAAAACUAUGUCGGAUUACGUAAAAUUAUUUGGUCGCGAGAAAAGGUCCUAAAAAAAUCGCGGUCUUCCGCGCACGAGUUUCGUGUCCGGCGAUCAUUAAUCGCGCAAUCUGACCAUCGGCCUGCCUCACAUAAAAACUGCAAGUUUUAUUCCGGUUAAGAGCGGGAACGUUCUGCGACACCGAACGCGCGCGGUCUUGCUCGCCGGAUGCUCGUAAAGAAAGUGUUAAAGAAGAAAAAUAUAUGUGCACGAAAUCUACAUUAAUUCGAAAGAGAAACGAAUAGAAUGUGCAUCCGUGGGAUGCUGCGAGUACAGACUCGGCGAACGAUUCCGCGACGAAUCGAUCUACGAUACUCUACACGCCGUUUAACGGGACUGCGUUAAUUAUGUGAUUUCAUUACGCAUAAUUCGCGUAAUUUUUUGUGAUAUUUUUAAUCUGCGGGUGCGAGCGUCUGCGUGCGUGCGUAAAACAAGUGCGUGGCCAUUCUAUGUGCGUGCGUGCGUGUGCGUGAGUGCGUGCGUGCGCGAGUGCAUGCGUGCGUGCGUGUGCGGUACGUUAUUGUUGAAUCCGGCAUCGUCGACACGUCGACGAACGGAGGAUAUUGCGAGUCGUGUAACAAAGCUGUGGCACAGGUAGGAGGUGAGCCACGCGCGAUAAACUGUCGAUGAUGAUGAUGAUGAUGAUGAUGAUGAUAAACGCUGAGGAUGAGACGCGAUGAAGAUGAUGAUAAGGGUGACGAUGAAAUGAUGGAACGUCUGGCACAGUGAUAAUCGUUAUUGCUAUCCUGUAACGUUUAAUGUAUAUCAGUGUCGUGCAAAAAAAAUAAGAAAAAAAAAUUGUGAGCGGCUGAAGCUCCUCGGUGUUGUGGGUAUGCAUACUCGUUCCUAGCAACUCGUAUGACAAUUACUAUUCGAUUACUACUCAUUACGAUUGCAUUGAUCUACUUUAACUCUACACGUACACACUUUAAAGAUAAAUAAAUACAUUCUGUCCAAUCUCA